GGGGCGAGAGGGGGAGGGGGAGCUCCGCACGAGACCGAGCGGCCCGGGUUGGAGCGCCCAGCCCCGCAGCGGAUCAUGGUGCAGCAGGCCGAGAGCUUGGAAGCGGAGAGCAACCUGCCCCGGGAGGCGCUGGACACGGAGGAGGGCGAAUUCAUGGCUUGCAGCCCGGUGGCCCUGGACGAGAGCGACCCGGACUGGUGCAAAACGGCGUCGGGCCACAUCAAGAGGCCGAUGAACGCGUUCAUGGUGUGGUCCAAGAUCGAGCGCAGGAAGAUCAUGGAGCAGUCUCCGGACAUGCAUAACGCCGAGAUCUCCAAGAGGCUGGGGAAGCGGUGGAAAAUGCUGAAGGACAGCGAGAAGAUCCCGUUCAUCCGGGAGGCGGAGCGGCUGCGGCUCAAGCACAUGGCCGACUACCCCGACUACAAGUACCGGCCCCGGAAAAAGCCCAAAAUGGACCCCUCGGCCAAGCCCAGCGCCAGCCAGAGCCCCGAGAAGAGCGCGGCGGGCGGCGGCGGCGGCGCGGGCGGCGGCGCGGGCGGCGCCAAGACCUCCAAGGGCUCGAGCAAGAAAUGCGGCAAGCUCAAGGCCCCUACGGCCCCCGCGGCCGGCGGCGCCAAGGCCGGCGCGGGCAAGGCGGCCCAGCCCGGGGACUACGGCGGCGCGGGCGACGACUACGUGCUCGGCAGCCUGCGCGGGAGCGGCGCGGGUGGCGGCGGCGCGGGCAAGACGGUCAAGUGCGUGUUCCUGGACGAGGAUGACGAGGACGACGAGGACGACGACGAGCUGCAGCUGCGGAUCAAGCAGGAGGCGGACGACGAGGACGAGGAGCCGCCGCACCCGCAGCUCCUGCAGCCGCCCGGGCAGCAGCCGCCGCAGCUGCUGAGACGCUACAACGUCGCCAAAGUGCCCGCCAGCCCCACGCUGAGUAGCGCGGCCGAGUCCCCCGAGGGCGCGAGCCUCUACGAAGAGGUGCGGGCCGGCGCGACCGCGGGCGCCGGGGGCGGCAGCCGCCUCUACUACAGCUUCAAGAACAUCACCAAGCAGCACCCGCCGCCGCUGGCGCAGCCCGCGCUGUCGCCCGCGUCCUCGCGCUCCGUCUCCACCUCCUCGUCCUCGUCCUCGUCUUCCUCGUCCAGCAGCAGCAGCGGCAGCAGCAGCAGCAGCAGCGGCGGCGAGGACGCCGACGACCUGAUGUUCGACCUGAGCUUGAAUUUCUCCCAGAGCGCGCACAGCGCCAGCGAGCAGCAGCUGGGGGGCGGCGCGGCGGCCGGGAACCUGUCCCUGUCUCUGGUGGAUAAGGAUUUGGAUUCGUUCAGCGAGGGCAGCCUGGGCUCCCACUUCGAGUUCCCCGAUUACUGCACGCCCGAGCUGAGCGAGAUGAUCGCGGGGGACUGGCUGGAGGCGAACUUCUCCGACCUGGUGUUCACGUAUUGAGAGGGGCGCCCGCUUCUCGCUCUUUCUCUCGGCGGGUGCAGAGCAGGGUUCCUUGGGAGGAGGUCGUGGUGGUCGUAAGGAGGAGGGCGGGGGGGGAGGAGGUGUCGAUGGUGGUGGCGGUAGGGUGGAGGGGAGAGAAGAAGAUGCUGGUAUUGAUAUGAUGUCGUGACACAAAGAAAUUGGAAAAGAUGAUGAAAAUUUUGGUGGAGUUAAAGUGAAAUGAGUAGUUUUGAAACAUUUUUCCUGUCCUUUUUUUGUCCCCCCUCCCUUCCUUGAUCGUGUCUCAAGGUAGUUGCAUACCUAGUCUGGAGUUGUGAUUUUUUCCCCCUCAAAUGUGUUUUUGUAAUUACUAUUUCUUUUUUUCUGAAAUUCGCGAUUGCAACAAAGGCGGAGGGGCGGGGCGGGGGAGGGGAGGGAGGACCCGCUCCGGAAGGCGCUGUGUGAAGCUGGUCGGGCUUUGAAGUCUGGAAGACGCCUGCGGAGGACCCUUUGGCAGCGCGACUGUUAACGCUAGGGAGUUGGUUGGAGAUGUGUUUUUUUUUUUUUUUUUCCUUAAGAGAUCUUAAAGAACUGGUGUUUUUUUUUUUUUUU